UCCGGUCUGGGGCCUGCGGCGGCGGCGGCGGUGGCGGCGGCGGCGGCGGCGGCGGCGGCAGCGGGUCGGUGUAGAAAAUGGCGCUGGUGCAGCGGCUCGGGCCUCUCCCCGCGGCGCUACGGAGGGCUUGAGGCUCGCGAGCCUCACUCGCCGCGCCCCACUUGCUCGUGCACUUUACACACAUGAGAGAAUUGGAAGCUAAAGCUACCAAAGACGUAGAAAGGAAUCUUAGCAGGGAUUUAGUGCAAGAAGAAGAACAGUUGAUGGAAGAAAAGAAAAAGAAAAAAGACGACAAGAAAAAGAAGGAAGCUGCUCAAAAGAAGGCCACUGAACAAAAAAUCAAAGUGCCAGAACAGAUAAAGCCCAGUGUAAGCCAGCCUCAGCCUGCCAACUCUAAUAACGGCACUUCCACAGCAACCAGCACUAAUAAUAAUGCCAAGCGAGCCACAGCCAGCCAUCAGCAGCAGCCGCAGCCGCAGCCACAGCAGCAGCCGCCACAGCCGCAGCCACAGCAGCAGCCGCCACAGGCCUUGCCCCGGUAUCCUCGUGAAGUUCCACCUCGGUUUCGCCACCAGGAGCAUAAGCAGCUUCUAAAGAGGGGUCAGCAUUUUCCUGUCAUAGCAGCAAACCUGGGAUCUGCUGUUAAAGUGUUAAGCAGCCAGUCAGAAAGCAGUGCUUUAACAAACCAACAGCCACAGAGUAACGGAGAGGUGCAGAGCAGCAAAAACCAGUCAGUUUUAGGUUCCAUGUCUUCUGGAUGUCUUCAGCUGAUGUUGGGCCCUUCAAACUCAGCAUGCCCCAAAUUGAACUCAUUAUCUUGCCACGUACCAGUUUCUCCUCCUGGAUCCCAUUGCUCAAAAGAUAUAAACCACAAUCCUUCAGGAUCCCAUUAUGAAAAUUCGCAGCGGGGGCCUGUGUCUUCUACAAGUGACUCUAGCACAAACUGUAAGAAUGCUGUUGUAAACGACUCCCCUGAAAAAGAAGCAUGGCCCUCAGUCCCUGGCAGUGAUCCAGAGUUGGCCUCAGAAUGUAUGGAUGCUGAUUCUGCCUCCAGUUCCGAAUCAGAGCGAAACAUCACUAUCAUGGCUUCAGGGAGCACAGGUGGUGAAAAUGAUGGCCUUCGGAAUAGCACUGGACUCGGAUCCCAAAACAAGUUUGUGGUUGGUAGCAGCAGCAAUAAUGUGGGCCAUGGAAGCAGUACUGGGCCGUGGGGUUUUUCUCACGGAGCCAUAAUAAGCACAUGUCAGGUCUCUGUGGAUGCUCCUGAAAGCAAAUCAGAAAGUAGCAACAAUAGAAUGAAUGCUUGGGGCACUGUAAGUUCUUCAUCAAAUGGAGGGUUAAAUCCAAGCACUUUGAAUUCAGCUAGCAACCAUGGUGCCUGGCCAGUAUUAGAGAACAACGGACUUGCCCUAAAAGGGCCUGUAGGGAGUGGUAGUUCUGGCAUCAAUAUUCAGUGUAGUACCUUAGGCCAGAUGCCCAACAAUCAGAGUAUUAACUCUAAAGUGGGUGGUUCUUCUACCCAUGGUACCUGGGGAAGCCUUCAGGAAACUUGUGAAUCUGAAGUAAGUGGUACACAGAAGGUUUCAUUCAGUGGUCAACCUCAAAAUAUUACCACUGAAAUGACUGGACCAAAUAACACUACUAACUUUAUGACCUCUAGUUUACCAAACUCUGGUUCAGUACAGAAUAAUGAACUGCCUAGUAAUACAGGGGCCUGGCGUGUGAGCACAAUGAAUCAUCCUCAGAUACAGGCUCCGUCGGUUGUAAAUGGCACUUCCCUUUCUCACCUUAGCAAUGGAGAGUCAAAAAGUGGAGGCUCUUACGGUACUACAUGGGGUGCCUAUGGUUCUAAUUACUCUGGAGACAAAUGUUCAAGCCCUAAUGGCCAAGCUAAUGGUGACACUGUGAAUGCAACUCUAAUGCAGCCUGGCAUAAACGGGCCUGUGGGCACUAACUUUCAAGUUAACACAAAUAAAGGAGGAGGUGUGUGGGAGUCUGGGGCAGUGAAUUCCCAGAGUGCAUCAUGGGGAAAUGGUGCAAAUUCUGGAGGAAGUCGAAGAGGAUGGGGAACUCCUGCACAAAACACUGGCACUAACAUACCCAGCGUGGAAUGGAACAAACUGCCUAGCAAUCAGCAUUCCAGUGACAGUGCAAAUGGAAAUGGUAAGAAGUUUACAAACGGAUGGAAAUCUACUGAGGAAGAGGAUCAGGGUUCUGCCACAUCUCAGACAAAUGAGCAAAACAGUGUGUGGGCCAAAACGGGAGGUACAGUGGAGAGUGAAGGUAGUACAGAAAGCACUGGACGCCUUGAGGAGAAAGUAACUGGGGAAAAUCAGAGUAGAGAUAGAAGAAAAAUUGAUCAGCACACAUUACUCCAAAGCAUUGUAAACAGAACUGACUUAGAUCCACGUGUCCUGUCCAACUCUGGUUGGGGACAGACUCCUAUUAAGCAGAAUACUGCCUGGGAUACUGAAACAUCACCUAGAGGGGAAAGAAAGACUGACAAUGGGACGGAGGCCUGGGGAAGCUCUGCAACACAGACUUUUAACUCAGGGGCAUGUAUAGAUAAGACUAGCCCUAAUAGUAAUGAUACCUCAUCUGUAUCGGGGUGGGGAGAUCCCAAACCUACUCUGAGGUGGGGAGAUUCCAAAGGCUCAAACUGCCAGGGGGGAUGGGAAGAUGAUUGUGCUGCUACAGGAAUGGUCAAGAGCAAUCAGUGGGGGAAUUGCAAAGAAGAGAAGUCUGCAUGGAAUGAUUCGCAAAAGAACAAACAGGGAUGGGGUGAUGGACAAAAAUCAAACCAAGGUUGGUCCGUUUCUGCCAGUGAUAACUGGGGAGAAACCUCAAGGAGUAACCAUUGGGGUGAGGCUAAUAAGAAAUCUAGCUCAGGAGGUAGUGACAGUGACAGGUCCGUUUCUGGUUGGAACGAACUUGGUAAAACUAGUUCUUUUACUUGGGGAAAUAACAUAAAUCCAAAUAAUUCAUCAGGAUGGGAUGAAUCUUCUAAACCGAAUCCUUCCCAGGGAUGGGGAGACCCUCCAAAGUCUAAUCAGUCUCUAGGUUGGGGAGAUUCGUCGAAGCCAGUCAGUUCUCCAGACUGGAGCAAGCAACAAGACAUUGUGGGAUCUUGGGGAAUCCCACCAGCUGCAGGCAAACCUCCUGGUACAGGCUGGCUGGGAGGACCUAUACCAGCCCCAGCAAAAGAAGAAGAACCCACAGGCUGGGAGGAACCAUCCCCGGAAUCCAUACGUCGCAAAAUGGAGAUUGAUGAUGGAACUUCCGCUUGGGGAGAUCCAAGCAAAUACAACUACAAAAAUGUGAACAUGUGGAACAAAAAUGUCCCAAAUGGCAGCAGCCGUUCAGACCAGCAAGCACAGGUACAUCAGCUGCUGCCAUCGGCAAGUGCCAUCGCGAACAAAGAGGCGGGCAGUGGCUCCGGCUGGGGUGAGCCCUGGGGGGAGACUUCUACUCCAGCCACAACUGUGGAUAAUGGUACUUCAGCAUGGGGUAAACCCAUAGACAGUGGUCCCAGCUGGGGGGAACCCAUCGCUGCAGCAUCCAGCACAUCCACAUGGGGCUCCAGCUCUGUUGGUCCACAGGCAUUAAGCAAAUCUGGGCCAAAAUCUAUGCAAGAUGGCUGGUGUGGUGAUGAUAUGCCAUUGCCUGGAAAUCGCCCCACUGGCUGGGAAGAGGAAGAGGAUGUAGAGAUUGGAAUGUGGAAUAGUAAUUCAUCUCAAGAGCUUAAUUCAUCCUUAAAUUGGCCACCAUAUACAAAGAAAAUGUCAUCGAAGGGUCUGAGUGGCAAAAAAAGGAGAAGGGAAAGGGGAAUGAUGAAAGGCGGAAACAAACAAGAAGAAGCAUGGAUAAAUCCAUUUGUUAAACAGUUUUCAAAUAUCAGUUUUUCGAGAGACUCACCAGAAGAAAAUGUACAGAGCAAUAAGAUGGACCUUUCUGGAGGAAUGUUACAAGACAAACGAAUGGAGAUAGAUAAACAUAGCCUAAAUAUUGGUGAUUACAAUCGAACGGUCGGGAAAGGCCCUGGUUCUCGGCCUCAGAUUUCCAAAGAGUCUUCCAUGGAGCGCAGUCCUUAUUUUGAUAAGGAUGGCAUUGUAGCAGAUGAAUCCCAAAACAUGCAGUUUAUGUCCAGUCAAAGCAUGAAGCUUCCCCCUUCAAAUAGUGCACUACCUAACCAGGCCCUUGGCUCCAUAUCAGGGCUGGGUAUGCAAAACUUGAAUUCUGUUAGACAGAAUGGCAAUCCCAGUAUGUUUGGUGUUGGAAACACAGCAGCACAACCCCGGGGCCUGCAGCAGCCUCCAGCACAACCUCUCAGUUCAUCUCAGCCUAAUCUCCGUGCUCAAGUGCCUCCUCCAUUACUCUCCCCUCAGGUUCCAGUUUCAUUGCUGAAGUAUGCACCAAACAACGGUGGCCUGAAUCCGCUCUUUGGCCCUCAACAGGUAGCCAUGCUGAACCAGCUAUCCCAACUAAACCAGCUUUCUCAGAUCUCCCAGUUACAGCGGUUGUUAGCGCAGCAGCAAAGGGCGCAGAGUCAGAGAAGCGUGCCUUCUGGGAACCGGCAGCAGCAAGACCAGCAGGGUCGACCUCUUAGUGUGCAGCAGCAGAUGAUGCAGCAGUCUCGUCAACUUGAUCCAAACCUGGUGGUGAAGCAGCAGGCUCCGCCAUCUCAGCCGCAGUCACUCCAUCAGCCAGCCGUGAAGUCUUUCCUUGAAAAUGUCAUGCCCCACGCGACACCUGAGCUGCAGAAAGGGCCAUCACCAAUAAAUGCUUUCAGCAACUUCCCUAUAGGCUUGAACUCAAACUUGAAUGUAAAUAUGGAUAUGAACAGUAUUAAAGAGCCACAAUCAAGACUAAGGAAGUGGACUACAGUGGACAGCAUUUCUGUGAACACAUCUUUGGAUCAAAACUCCAGCAAACAUGGUGCUAUUUCAAGUGGUUUCAGGCUGGAAGAGUCUCCAUUUGUUCCCUAUGACUUUAUGAACAGCAGUACUUCACCAGCCAGCCCUCCAGGUUCAAUAGGAGAUGGCUGGCCACGUGCCAAAUCGCCGAACGGCUCUAGCAGUGUUAAUUGGCCACCAGAAUUUCGCCCUGGUGAACCAUGGAAAGGUUACCCAAACAUUGACCCUGAAACUGACCCUUACGUCACUCCUGGCAGUGUCAUAAACAAUCUUUCAAUUAAUACUGUGCGGGAAGUUGACCACCUCAGGGACAGGAACAGUGGGUCAUCCUCAUCCUUGAACACCACGCUGCCUUCAACUAGUGCCUGGUCAUCCAUUCGUGCCUCCAACUACAACGUUCCCCUCAGCAGUACAGCACAAAGCACUUCAGCCAGAAAUAGUGAUUCCAAAUUGACGUGGUCUCCUGGUUCAGUUACAAACACCUCUCUGGCUCAUGAGCUGUGGAAGGUCCCUUUGCCACCUAAAAACAUCACUGCUCCGUCCCGCCCACCUCCGGGACUGACUGGUCAGAAGCCACCCUUGUCUACGUGGGAUAAUUCUCCCCUUCGUGUAGGUGGAGGAUGGGGAAAUUCUGACGCCAGGUAUACCCCAGGUUCCAGCUGGGGUGAGAGCAGCUCAGGGAGAAUAACAAAUUGGCUUGUUCUAAAAAACCUUACACCUCAGAUUGAUGGCUCAACUCUGCGUACUCUGUGCAUGCAGCAUGGCCCACUGAUAACAUUCCACCUGAACCUCCCACAUGGAAAUGCUUUGGUCCGUUACAGUUCAAAAGAAGAGGUAGUGAAGGCACAAAAGUCUCUGCACAUGUGUGUACUGGGGAACACUACUAUUCUUGCUGAGUUUGCCAGUGAAGAGGAGAUCAGUCGUUUCUUUGCACAAAGUCAGUCUCUGACCCCUUCUCCCAGCUGGCAGUCUCUCGGGUCCAGCCAGAGCCGGCUGGGCUCCCUCGACUGUUCCCACUCAUUCUCCAGCCGGACCGAUCUCAAUCACUGGAAUGGUGCUGGGCUGUCGGGAACUAACUGUGGAGACCUUCAUGGCACUUCCCUCUGGGGGACCCCACAUUAUUCCACAAGCCUGUGGGGUCCUCCAAGCAGCAGCGACCCCCGGGGAAUUAGCAGCCCAUCCCCCAUUAAUGCUUUUCUUUCUGUUGACCACCUGGGUGGGGGUGGAGAGUCCAUGUAACAGUGUAGUCUAGACUCACGAACUGCGACCUCAAGACGUGAAAGAAAGGAGCACUAAGUUGGGCUCGCCGCCUGCAGCCAGGGCCACCUGUGGGAACAGCUCUUCUCUGCACAUUUUCCACUUUGUUUUCCCUGAAACAUAUCAGUUUGAAUACUUGAAUCAUGCAGGCCAAUAUUAUAAUGUGAAAAGGUAUCUAUCUAUUUACACUCCCAAAUAGCGCCAUACAUGCUACACCACGUAGAAUGAGCUCACUUGUGUAUAUUCAUCAUGUUUAGCUUUUGGGUUCCUUUCCCCCCCCCCCUUCUCCCCUCUCCCCCCCCCCUUCUCCCCUCUCCCCCCCCCUCCCCUCUCCCCCCCCCCCCACCUCAUUCAUUCUUUUUCUCUUCUUUUUUUCUUUUAGCAAAACCAUUUUUUUGGGCUGAUAAUGUAUGAGCUUUUAACUUUGCACUGAAUGAUGUUCUCUCCGUCUAAUCGGCAAUAUGGGGGGGCAGCUGUUCCAGUGUAAAUGUUUACUCAAGGAUGUUCUUAAAAGGUGUGCGCUCUCUACUAUGCCUUGAUGUUUGCCUACCUUAUUGUGGUAUCGUGGAGUUUAAAAGAUCAAGUUAUGAUACUGACUUAGGACUAUAAAUGAAAGUAUUGCACCAGUUUUUUCAUGUUGUAAAACUAAAGAAUUUCGCUCUGCAGUUUGAAAAACUGUGGCCACAGCUGUGACUUGCAGCCCACCUGCCACCCAGGACGGGCCCUGCACUUUGAAUAGGCUUUCCAUUUUGUUUUGAAGGUUCCCACGUUGAACCUUCUUGUUUACAGAUUUUUUUGUUUGUUUUUUGAGAAAAAAAUGUUUACUCUUCCAUCAUUUAAAAAAAAAUUAAAAGACAAAAAAAAAUGGAGGAUGAUUUAAAAGAUGCUUUCUAUCUCUGGGAAAAAGGAGCAGCAUUUGGCCAUGUUCUUUUGUUUUUCUAGUCCUGUCCUAAAUCAAAGAGCAUGGUUCUCAGGAAAACCAGUUCCCCGGUUUAAAAAAAACAAAACAAAAAAAAAACAAAAAAAAAAACCUCCUUGUAGUUUCUUAUAGGAAAAAAGAAAAACCCCAACUUUUAGCACUGAUACUACACAUUGCUCUGUUAAAGAAUUUUCUCUGCCAAAAAGAAAACAAAAAAACAAAAAAACGCUUAAAGCUGGAGUUUGAGAUUCUGCUUUCAGAUGCUGUCUUUUUAUUAGUGAGUGAUGAUGGUUUGCUAAUAAUCAAUAGGUAAUAAUUUUUUGUAAUCCCAUCAAGUGGCUCUAUAUGUUUCUGCUCUCUUGUGACUGUGUUAAUGUUUAACUGUUGUACCUUAAAGCCGAAAUCAGUAACUAUGCAUACUGUAACCAAGGUAUUGGGCUUACAGAAUUGUUCGUUGUAUAAAGAAAAUUUUAAAUGUUGUUGCGAACUAACGAGUUACACCAUUUUUAAAAUUUCUUUCUCUCCUUUCCCCUUUCUUUGCCCACAAAUGGUAUUAUAAUGCUUGCUUAGUCAAAGAAGAGAGACUAAACAAGGGUAAAAAUUUUAACAGUACAGAAUUUGCCAUCAUUUCAUUGCCUUGAUUCUAACUGUUUGUGUCCUAAGAUGCAAAAGAAGUCAGUGGCUUUUAACUGUUUACAAAUAGAAUGUGAUUGUAAAAUGUACAGUUUGGUUGUGUUUGAAUUAUGAAAUUUCUUCAGAUAUAAUAAACCAUGACUUUUUGGCUGCUCAACAUUAAUUGUCUCUUUUUUGUGAAUUUAUUUGUACGCUCUUUUUUAUAAUGAAAGUUUCAAAGUUGCUAUGUAUGAGGGUUCUCAUAGAGCAACCGAGUAAAAAUCUAAGCAAAUAUUUGAACAUUUUAUCCGAACUUAUUCACAAUUUCACCCUGAAAUAAUGUGAGAACAGUGGGAAACUGUCGCUUGCUCCUUCCUACCCUCUUUGAGCAUCUUUGGGAUCUGGUUGCUCAAAACUCUUCUGUGACUUCAUCUUCCCCACCAUUUGUGCCCAUCUCAAGCCUCAGCAAGAGACCAUUUGGAACAUGAAGCUUAAUGACUUGACAGUGUUCUAGUGUUAAACUCUCAUACCUCUGUUACAAAAUGAGAAAUGCCACAGCCUGGACUGGCCUUUUUCUUCCCCCUUCAUGGCCCUUGCUCCUCACUGCAGGAGCUCUGGGGCAGAACCUGUGUAUGUACUUCAGUGUGUGACUUCAAAUCAUGCUCCGACUUGCCAGGUGUAAGCUAAUGUUGUUGGACACCUUAAUAUAAGCAAAUGUUGUUCAAUGCAUUCAAUGUAUAUUGACUUCCAUACUGGUUUUUCCAAAAACCAAAGGUAGCUUUGAAAAACCACGUCUGGAAAUGUUUGGGACGUUAAGCUGAUUGACCUUUUGGGGCUUUGAGUAGUAUAAAAUUGACUUCAUAACUGCGUUAAUUGUAUUGUUAAAGUGUUUGGGAGUUUUUUGCGCUUGUUAUGUGGAAAUAAAGUGUUUGAUUUAAAAAAU